AUAUAAAUAUAUAUAUAUAUAUAUUGACACUAUGUGUGAAUAUAAUAUUUCUCUUAUAAUCUUUAGCGCAACCUAUUUUGCUAUGUCUUCUAACUCAUAUGUUUAUCAAAUAAUUGAUUUUCUUUUUUCUAUACCUGUUAUCGAGCAUCUUUUUACAUUAUCUGAUAGUAUUUUACGUGCCUUGGCAAUGAUCCAAUUCGGAAUUGAAGGCGUAAGCUCAAACCCAGCUUUAGGUUCAGAUAAAAUCGUAGCCAAAAUUUUAUGCGGUACCUUAGCAGGCUGUGGUGGCGGUUUAUGGAUUGAUACUUUUCAAUUAAAUCAGCCCUCUUGGUCAUUUUCUACCCCAAGAUUAUUACAUGUAGCAUCAUUAGAUAUGAAAGCAUCUUUCUUUACGACUUUAUUUUACAUUGCAUCUACUUCAACUGCUUUUUGUGAAUAUUUAAGUUUGUCUGCAUUGAAGCCUAUCGAAGCUCAAGCAUGGAGCGCAGUAUUAUUAUCAGGAGGUUUAAUCUAUGGUUCUUAUUCAAACAAACGAGCUAUUAAUAAACAAAAAGAAUUGUUGAUGAAUGAACAGGAAAAAAAAUCAAAAUAAAAUAUAAACCUAUUUUAUACCACAUUUCUUUGAUUUAUAUCUUAAUUUCCUCCUUCCCUCUUCUUCUUUCCUUUCCCUUAACAAAAAAAAAAAGUUAAAUGGGAAAUAUUUUAACAAAAAUAGCUUAUAGAGACAUUAAAAAAUACUACAACAGACAUACUAAUCGUCCUAUUAUUGGAGUAGAUAAAACAACG